AUUUACCUUAUGAUUUUCACUACUCAAUUCGCCUGAGUGUAAGACAGUGCGGCUCCUAACUCCACCACAUUUGAUGAAAAUUUCGAAUCUUGAAUACAUAUCCGAAUACACCUAACAUUUUUCAGGUCUACAAUUAUUGAAGGUACGCAAAGGUAAAACUUUUAAUACUUUGGAAGCCCCUGUGCUCUUGAAAAAAAAUUUUUUUCGGCGAGAUUUGUUCAAAUUUCCGAAUUAGUUAUAAUUUUUGUCAAAGUAUUAGGUAAUUUUUCACUAUACUCAUUUACAGUUCGAUUCCUUGAAGUAACGUAACGCAAAGAAACAUAAGGUGUAUUUAGAAUAUGUAUAGAAGAUGUGAGUUUCGUAUCAACUGUGCCGGUCCCAAGUCCGGAUAAAGGAGGAGGGUUGAGUUACGUUACUGAACCGGGGAGCAUUUCGACCAUAGUCAAAACAAAUGUUAUGACGAGUUUCGCGUCAAAUCGUAUUCGCGGUUGGCAACCGUCUCCAGAUUUGAAUGAAACUUGCUGAACAUGCUGACUUUAUCACAAAAUGUCCUUUUUACUUAAUUUGUUUUUUCCAAAAUUUAUCUACACUGUCUUUCAAAACAGGGAAAAUAAAAAAUCAGUCAAAUUUUUCAAUAAAAAUACUUAAAGAAGCGUAGAAAAGCUUUUUUUUCCUUAGAAAUGCCCCUGUUGCAAACUAUGGAAGGUUUACAGGAAAAUAAUUCUUCACUAAACUCGCUUACAGUUCAAUUAUAUAGUAUCAGUCUGGAGACGUGAAGCAAGAUCUUAUUGGAAAAAGACGAGUGGAUAAUGUCACAGACAUAACUGGAGGUUGUGAGUACGAAUACGAAUUACGAAUUCACACUUCCACAUGUUGAUAAUCGUUCAGGCUGUGUGAAAUUAGCAACGUUUACUGCUUUGCCUCGCAAGCAAGCAGUAAAAGUUUUUCCAAAAAUUUGAAAAAAAAAAGUUUUGAGUUAUUUAUGAUUAUUUCACACUGCUGAAAAUUUAGUUAUAAAUUUCUGAUCAUAUUCUUGAUGACGUGGAAAAAAAGUAAUACGUAUUCACGUCAAUUAUUGCAAACCAUUUUGAACAGAUAUCUUGAAACCGUAUUUAUUAGGUUUCUGUUCUCCUUCACCUUGUAGUUGUAUUCUAACGAGCCUACAAACAGAGCAUUAUUUUAGAUCAGCGAAUAGCCAAUACUUACUGAGUGUCAGAUCUGGAGUGUAAUUCAUUCAAAUUAAUCAUUGUUGCCAUGAACUUAUGAACCGAUACAUUGUCUUGGUGGAACCGUUUUUUUUUCAACAUAUGAGAUCGUUUUUCUUAUAUUUUGGCAUUCAAAUGAUCUAUCAACGCUUUUGAUUGCUUUUCCUUUCUUCAAAUAGUCGACGAUGAGUAUACCACGUGCAACCCAAAAUACUGAAGCCAUAAUCUUAUCAGCUAACUAAUGUGCCUUUGGACGCUUCGGAUGUGGUUCACCGGCUGCAGUGAUGGUCGUUUUGAUUUCGGCGUGGAUCCAUUUUUCAUCCAUUGUCACAUAUCGACGCAAAAAAUCCACUAGAAUCAGAACGUUCACCAUCAUCGGCGUCUGAACGGUCACGUUUAAUUGCUGAAUUUAACCAAUAAUCGAAAAUGUUUCUUUUCGAUAGUGCAAAGUCCGAAUAACGCUUUUGAAGCCAUUGCUGGCAGCUUGUACAGGUUUUUAUUGAUCAAGAAUCAAUUUUAAAUAAACACACGAAAUUGUUUCUAAUACAUUGCUUUGAAAACGACGAAAGUAGUUUCACCUAAAUGGUUGUCCCUUUUUUUUCUGACUAAUGAUAUCGCCAUCUGGGUGUCAGUCUUUUGUCUUUUUGAUUGAUGUAUGUAGAAAAAUACCCUGAAAACAGCUAGUGGUUUAUUUUUCUCAACUGGGAUUAUGUAUCUUUGAGGGUCAUUUUCAAAUUCUAGAAAAAUCAUUUAUCUCUUUUCUUCAGUGCAAGUUAUUUCUGGGUACUCAAUUCACUUUUGAACACAAUUUAUGUACCUGUAACGGUUGUUGAGUUUCAAAGAUUCAAUGAAAGUGCAUGCACAUCCGCUCUUUUCGAUGUUCGCAAGAGAAAGAAUCCAUUUUUUCUUUUGAAGGAGAUGUCGUCUUUAUAUUUACAUACACGCUAAGAUUCUUCGCAUAUUCAGAAAAAAUGGAACAACUUUGAAAAAUUCCGAAGUAACUCAAACUUAAUUUCGCGGACUCGAAACCUAAAAUGUGUACCGUUCCAAAUCCGCACACACAAAAUUCAUCCUCAAAAUUCGAGUUAUCACCAAAUUUUCAGUUAGAAGUUAGAAACAAAGUUAGUUUUUGCAUCAUUCAUUUAAUUUAUUUCGCCUUCAUAUCCGAAUGCGCUAGCCCCAGCACAGCUUUCGUAAUUUCUUCUACAAUCUUGACUCCUUUAGGUUGUCUUGGAAAAUGCUUCUUCAUAAUGGCCCAGUAUUUUCCCAUUGGGCACAAUUCCAGAGUAUUGUGGGUAGAGGAGGUUCAGAGUUUCCGGCACGAAAUCGACAUCAUUUGCCUUAAACCACACUAGCACGUCCUUCGUGUAGUGGCUUCAUGCCAAAUCCAUCCAUUAACUCGGCCGUCGCUGCUCUUGUAGACACUACUCCAAAUACUCCCGUCCCCAUUCAUGGUUCUUCUGGUAACGAAUGGUGGUCUCCGAUUUCCGCAAGUACAAUUCGCUUGUCGAAUUAAGAACUUUUUGGCGAACUUCGACAUCUUCUGUGUUCCGCGAUGCGAUGGAUCCUUAUUUUUAGCCGUAUUUUUACUUGUGCAAAAGUCCUUCGGGCACACACUAUUCUUUCGUCGGAAAUUUAGAAACUUUUACGCACCUGAUGAAAUCAACUCACAGAGUGUGGAAGAUUUCUACGCAAAGUUUCAAUUAUUUUACCCAACGGAUCAAAUGUUAAAACAAUUUGUUAAUGUGCGUAUUUUAAACAGAACACUCUUUACUCAAAUUAAUAUCGUUUUCGCUUGAUGUCAAUCCUUAGCCAGUUUCCACCCUAACUGCUGUCAAACCGUUUGUUUGAAGCUAGUUUCGAACAACGGUGAAAUGCUGAACUCAAAAUCGAGUCAGUUUCGGACCUGGUUUUUAUAUUAGGUUUGCUCAAAUCCCCGUUGCUAAGGGCGAAACCAACACAGUUUCGUGAAAAGUGUUUAUUUGAUGAAACUACUUUGGACUAGUUUCAGUUUUUUUUGCAUCACACUCAAAGCUACAAAAGUGCAAGUAGGCGUAGAACGUCGUUUCCUCACCAUUCGAGAUUUCCAUCUAACACAAAUAAUUUUUUUCGCAGAUUUGAUAGGCCGCUUUAUGUUUUUGAAUACGCCGUAUAGUCAAUUGAUUUUGGUUUAAGAUUAACAAGUUCAAUCAUAUUUGAAGGUUUUCGAUUACGAUUUGCAGAUCUUUCGAGUAAUAUUAAACCAACAUAAUUAAUACACACCUGCAAACGAUACAGUAAAUCAUUAAAGUGUGCUAUGAAUCCCAUCGCGUCCCCAGUGAAUCUCGCAGACUCGCAUAGCUGGCGGCAGUGUUCCAACCGCGACAUCAAAUCCCGUAUGGUGCAGUUACACGAUACAGGAGCAAGGAGCGACUGUGAAUUUUGGGUCGGCUCAGACUACGAUGAGAUCGUUGGUCAUAAGCUUGUGCUUUCACUGGCAUCUCCUGUAUUCGAAUCGAUGUGGUACGGGUCAGUUGAUCAGCCAAAGGAUGAACCGAUAUGCGUUCCGGACACUCGGGCGCAUGUGUUCAAAAUGCUAAUUAAGUAUAUUUAUACGGAUGCAGUCGACAUAGAGUCGAUUGACGACACUAUCGAUCUUUAUUAUGAAGCAGAGAAAUAUUUGCUACCGGGUCUGGCCGAUCAAUGCACAGACUAUUUGGAGCGAAAUCUAGAGGCAGACAAUGUUUGUAAAAUAUUUGAAUUCGCUGUUAAAAAUCAACUGCCAAAUUUGAAGGACAUGUGCAUUAAUACAAUACGUUGCCAAACAAAGUAUGUAAUCACUAGUGAAGGAUUCCUUGCGGCCGACCUCAGCACGAUAAUAUUCAUAUUGGAUCAGGAUUGGUUGAAUAUAGAUUCUGAGAUGGAUCUUUUCAAAGCUAUUAAGCUUUAUGCACUGGAGAAUAAUCUAUCACGAAAGGAACGAUUGCAACCGAAAAAGGGAGACAAGGAGGUGGAUUCUAACAACAAUGAGAUAGAGAAUCCAACCAUUCUUCACGCACUACAUCGUAUUCGGUUCUUAAAUAUGGAACCUUCGGAGCUUGCUCCCGAACUUAUUAAAACGAACAUUCUCCUCGAUUCCGAAGCUUUAACAAUUCUAGUGUGCGUUGAAAUGAAAAGUUGUGAACACAAUUUGGAAAUGCCUGAAGGAUUUUCAGAUGUUUCCACUUCGAGGGUUUUUGAGUCGGAAAGUAUCUUAAUGUUUUUAAAAUCCUUCAAUUUACAUUAAAAAAAGAAAUAUUCUCAUACCGAAUCCGAUUUGUCAAAUGUCAUUGAAACGAAUUCUGAACUAUUCAAUGUGGUAACAAAUUCAUUGUAAGGAAAUUUCGUUAUUGUAUGCAUUAAAAUUAUUUUUUGGUGAACGUUUCAAUGUUUCAAUUUACCACGGCCCUUAAAUAAUAGUUCCGUUAGUUGUUUUGUUUUUCAAUUAAGCCUCAUUGAAAUACACGUCGAAUAUACGAUAGAGUACAAAGCAUCUUUCCAUGUUUUCCAUGGAUCUUACGUAAUUUCUUAGUUCUCUACACUAAACUCUUUUUUCUUUGUCCUAACUUUAGCUAGUAAUCUUUCACAUGUCCGAGUUUCAAAGAAUUCUAGAAAAUUUAUGUAUUGUCGUUUGACGGGCCGCGGGUUUGCCGUAGUGAAACACAUUUGAUUUUAUCGUUCAAGGCGGUACAGCGAUUCGAACGGUUUUCCUACUUUUCGGUAACAUUUCCGUAGUACGAUUUGUCAAAACAAAACAGCCUCGGCAAUUAUUUGUUCAUCCGACCUAAAAAAAUUUACCAGCGAGUAUUUUCUUGAGAUCUAAGAAAGAGGAAAAAGUCACCGGGAUCCAAAUCUGGAGUGGAUAUCGACUUCCAAUGCCAACUUCCCUUCUCGAGUAGCCUAGAUAGCCCUGUAGUGUCGGUAGCGGUUCCCAGCUGGUUGAGAAAAAUAUGGUAAAAGUCCACUAAACAUGUAAGCCGUGUGGUAUCCGGUGGAAUCAUUUCAACCAAUAAUUGAUCCACUGGUUUCCUGUUCCAUGUCGUAGAAGGCCACUAAAACGGGAGCUCGCAAGUCAAGGUGUAUUUCCGUACCAGUGACUGAAUGUGGACUGUGCCCUUGUAGAGCUCAAAAUUCCGUAUCGCAGACUAAUUGAAGGCAUAGGAAGAAAGUAUAUCUAUUGUUCCGCAUAUUUGCCGCAUAACAGGUUUUCACCGAGCGAUGACUUCAUGUUCUUCAUUUUGUAUGAAUUCCAUUAGUAGUAAAUUCAUUUAUAUUUUUUUUAUUCAUACAAUAAUUAGUUGUUUUUUUUAGUGCUAGUUGAUCACGCCGCAAGCCGUAGUGUGAUAACCGACAUAAUCUUUCUGGCGAUUACUGUUUGUUUGUUGGCUCUGCAACGUGAUACACCGAAGUGUAAUUACCCCCGGUCAUUCUAAUAUUACUGAAAAUGAAAUGGCUAGAGCCGGUGCCACGGAUGAAAUAACCAGCUUUAUCUAUCAACUAAAUGGAUAAAGCAUUAGAGCAUUCUGACUCGGACAAAACACAUGAACGCGAGCACACUUCAGAAGCGUGUUUGGCCAUGCUGAUACGGAAUUCGAUAGCCUUUUAGAGACGAGUGGUAACUGUUGGUCGGACCUGGACUUGCUAUUGCACGACAGAGAACAGAAUGAGUAUGUGGCAAUGUACUGAAACCGGCAAGAAUGCUCCGAUGAGGCCUAGGAGGAGACUCAAUGCGUAGGAAAGGCUGUUCUUUCGGGAAUUAUCAUGGCAUAGUCUUCGUGGACUACGUCGAAAAAGGAACAACUAUCAGCUGCAAGUAUGACUGUAAAGACUGUUUCAGAAAAUAUGGACGCAACGAAAAAUCGCUGACAUUUCGCAAUGGUUCAGAAUCUGUCAAUUUUUAUGGCUGCGUUCUGUUGUUUGCACUCUUCUCUAACCACUUGUGCAGUUGUUGAUUCGUUUUCAUUAGUUUGUUUCGAAAUGCGUGGACUUUCAGCAGAACAACGUCGAAAAAUUGUGUACAAAUGGUGACAGAAUGCGGACUGUCACUAAGAAAGAUGGCAAAAAUGGAAGGAGUAAGUGGAAAAGCAGUGCGAAAUGCAAUCAGGAAGUUCGGUGAACCUUUGAGGAUAAACCGAAAACGGGUCGAAAGAAAGGUCCUGCUAACCCUCAGUUGGAUAAACGUAUACUGAAGGCGUUCGAGCAAAAGAAGGAGGUUUCAGUUCGGGUUGUGGCCAAAAAAGUGGGCACUUCGAAGUCAAAUGUUCUUCGUGCUAAAGAACGUUUGAAUCUUCGAACCUAUAAGAAGCAGAAACAACCAAAGCGUAGUCCGAAACAAGAAGCAUCAAUUGCCCACAACUUCGACCAAUUGAGGAAUUUUGGGCAUUAACGAAGGCACAUCUUAGGAAACAUGUAUUGGCAGCCGAAACCAUUCAACAGUUCGAAAAAGAUAGGAAAAAGUGUCAAAACUUGUCGCCAAGAAGUCCGUACGGAAUUUAGUGAGGAACGUUCGCAAGAAAUUGCGCCAGCUAGUCUACAAUGGCUAAGUAGCAAAUGUUGAGAAUGAUAUUCUGUU